AUGUCAGCAUUGAAAUCAUUACAGCAGAUCCUUCCCCUAAAGAACGACCAGCCCUUAGAUGAACUAAAUCCAACACCCAUAUCAACCGAGUUGUCCCUAGAACAUUAUCGAGCAAGUCUUCAACAAUCAAAUAACGAAAACUUAGCCAAAUGUGUAUCACAAUUCGAAUCUUUUAAUCACAAAAUAAAAGAGCAUAAAAAGAAAUUGAUCGUAGUUGGUGAAAUAAUUGAAGAGUUUUCGAAUGAAUUGAAUAACCUUUCGUCGAGUUUGAUUUCAUUGGAACAACAGUCCAACAGCUUGUCCAAGGACUCUAAAUUACAAAGGAGUAUAACUGAAAGACUUAAUCCCGUAAUUUUAGACUUGAUGAUACCGCCAGAAAUUGCUCGAUCUGUCUUGCAGGAGGAUAUUACUCCACAAUGGUUGGAAAACUUGAAAUUUAUCACCGAAAAAAGACAACUCCUCCAUACUUUGCCAGAAACUAAAUCCAAAGAUCAGUUGAAAGAAGGAAUAGAACUUCUUCAAGACAAGGCAAUUGAACGAAUAAGAGAUUUUAUAAUAUUGCAGAUACGAAUGUUGCGGUCGUCGUCCAAGUCGUCGUCGCAACUUAUUCAGCAAAAGCUAUUGGAAGUAAAAGAUGCAUUCCAAUUUUUGCUGUCCCACCAUCAAAAAUUGGCAGAACAGUUGAGGUCUGCUUAUGUCUAUACUAUGCGAUGGUACUACCAAAGCAAGUUCUCCAAAUACCUUUAUGCGUUGGAAAAAUUGCAGAUACGCCGUGUCGAUAGUGCAGUUCUUGGGGACAACAAGGCAGGAGAAUAUUUUACAUUGUUUGAAAAAAGAUUCGAAAUAUUACACUCUGACCAAUCGGCAAUGCCGUCUCAAAUUGCUGAGACCUCACCCUUUCCUUAUUGGGUUGAAUUUGUAUUCAACCAGUUUUCAAUGGCUGUUGUUGAUAAUGUGAUAGUAGAGUACUUGUUCACAAUAGAAUUUUUUUACCAGGGUGAAGAGAAAGACAACUCGUGGGCUGAGGAAAUGUUCAAGAAUGUUUUCCAAAUCGGUCAAGAAUUCCUCACCUAUAUCAGCAAUACUUUAGAUGCUUAUGGGAUAUUGUUUAUAAUAAGAUUAGUACAAAAGUCACAGGCUAAAUUGCAUGAGGUGCACAUACCAGUUCUCGACGAUUACCUUAACUCUUUGUUGUUGAUACUUUGGCCGCAUUUCACUAAGAUUGUCGAUGCCAAUUGCGAGGCUAUGAAGCGGACCAUGUUAAAGGGCAAGAAGGCAACGGGACUAGCACCAAUUAGUAUCACACAACAGUUUGCCCAAUUCUUUUCUGCAUUGCUAGAAUUAUCUGUUAAUGAAGCAGAACCGCUUAUUUCAUCCAUAAUUAGGUUGAGAAACGAGUACGAGAGCUAUUUGAUGAGAUCCACAUCAUUGAGUGGCACCGAAAAAGAGAUCUUUUUGUACAAUAAUUAUUUCUUGGUCUUGAGUGUCCUUAAGAACCAGACCAGCAACUCUUUCCUUGAAGAGCAGAUUUUACAUUUCCAAACGUUGACAGAUGCAUAUACUAAACAUUAA